AUCGUAAGUUUCCGCAAUCAACCAUGUUGACACUCAGCGACAGCGUUUCCCGCUACGUCACUAGAUCAUGUGCUCAUACUUUCAUGACGUUUGUCACAUCCAGGUGUCAAACCAGGAACUGAAAGUAGACGAACAAUUAAGAAUGAAGGGCACCUAUCAAUACCCUGAUGGUGGUCAGUAUAAAGGUGAAUGGAGUGAAGAAGGCCAGAGAGAAGGCUAUGGGGUUUUGAGAUUAACUGAUGGCUCUAACUAUUAUGGCAUGUUCAAAGCUGGACUUUGUGAAGGUCUUGGAGUGAUGGUGUUCAGUGACAACUCAAGGUAUGAAGGAGAAUUUAAACAAGGUAAAUUCCAUGGUAAGGGUGUUUUUAUGCGUUGUGAUGGCAUGAAGUACAUUGGAGAGUACCAGAACGGAAAAAUAUCAGGACUUGGGCAAGUAACAUUCUCAGAUGGCUCACAUGGUUUACCUAGAAACGAGGGCUAUUUCAAUGGAAACAAAUUGGUGCAACGGGAAAAAUGUCCUGAAGUGAUUCAGGCGGCAUUACAAAAUGCCGAAAACGCAAGAAAUCUCAAAGCAUAAAAAUGACAAUGCACAGCUUAAAAACUCUACAUAACCAUGCCAUUUUGAAUGUAUGCAUUAUAUCAUUUUGUUAGAUGAUGGACAAAAGGAAUCCAGGUGUGACAAUCAAGUGCUUUCUCUUAUUAUGUUGUCUUUUUCUAUGCAAUUUAUACGACAAUGGAAUCUUCAGUUCUUCUGUCAUCUAUGCAAUAUGGACUACUACAUGUAAAAGGGGACCAUCUAAUAGAUAACAAAUACAACAAAAGAAAACAUGAUACAUAAUUCCAUAACAAAAGAAUAUGGGGACAUGGACCUCUUUACAGCGAAAGAAUGUUACAAAAGAAAAGGCACCCACUUUGUCUUUUUAUGUUGCAUUUGUACAUCAGUUGAAGUUGAUUUGUCUACAUCUUCAUAGUCAAAUUCAGCAAUCUAUUUCCAAUUAUGACAGGAUGGCUAUUAGUCAUGGUUUCCAGAAUUUUUAAAAAGUAGCUUUGAUUAAUACUAUUAAUUUAAUAGUGAAUGUUGAUGAAAAUACUCCAAUAUGUGAGAGGCGGUUUGUUGGCAACCACUACUUGUCCCCAUGCAAACUUUUUGUCCCAUGAGAAUUUUUGUAAUUUUCUUUUGAUAAAAUACGAUCUGCAAAAGUAUUUAAAAUUCAACUAUAUUCGAAUAGGGAGAGCUAUUGUUCUCACCCAGGUGUUAGGGUCACACUAAGUUCUUGCAUGCUAGUUGGUACCUCCAAAACUGCUAAAGGGGACAGGUUUAAACUUCACACAUUAAUUUCAAACUUUCAUAAUUCAGCAGGGAAAAUACAGCAUUUAUUUUGUUUGGAUCCAUUUCAUAUUGGUCUGUAUAUGUGUACCUUUAAAUUAUGAUAUAACUUCUUAUGAAAACAACUUGUUUAGUUUAUUCUCUGUUUUGAUUGAAUUAAUUUGAACUCUUUGGAUAUUAACUCUUUGCAUAAAAUUAUGUUUUGUUAUUUGAUAAAUUUGUUUUUUUUAAACAUUUAUUCUCAGUAUACUGUAUUAUCUAGAUAGGUAUAUUUUUUUUGCCACCAGUAUAAAGCCAAUCCGUGCAGUUUUAACCAGGCUCUCCACUUUUAGUUUUGUAUUUUGAUACUGACAUCCCUUAAACUUGAAAUGGACUGAUUCAAAUUCAAAGCAGGGCAAAUCCAUUACAUAAAUUAGGGUUAAGGGUAGACAUCUGGAAUGGAAUUUUUUGUUAUCAUACAGUUAGAUAAUGUUCAAUGACAUCACUGCUGCUUUCUUUAUUUAUAUAUGCAUCUUGACAAAUCAUCACAUUUAAUAGUGCAGUAACAGAUUAAGUCCUAUUGAAUUUUAAAGGAGUUAACCUAUUACUGCACAGGUGAUGAAAUGGUUUCAUUUUAUUUAAUGUAUCUUAAAGCAACUCCACUGAGGCUCUUGACAGGAGGGGAAUAGACUUUUUUUUUUCUCAAGAUUUUUAUAAGAUAAUGAUUUGAUGUAGGUCUGUUUGUACAUGUACCAAUAACUUUUGAGCAAAAUUUCUGAUAUUUCGCUUUGUUUUUUUUUUCAGAAUGUCAGUGAUCAUUUUUUUUGCUUAAAUGACAAAAAAAGAAUAAUAUUUUAAAGCUUUUCAUUCAAAAUCGGCUAAGAAUGUACUAAAUUGAUUUUCAAUUUGAUUGUUUGUAUUUUGAUUUUUUUCUUCAAUUUUUUGGUUUUAAGUGCUGUAAGUUAUUGAUCAAUGUAAGAUUUUCAAAUUUAAUGUGUCAAGGCUUUACUGACCCGUUGAGCUCUUUAAAAGCUGAUAUUUCAUUACUUAAAGUGUUUUUAUGAUCAACAUGUUUUUGUUUGUUUAUAUUAUGUAUUAUGCAUGUUUCUACAUCAUACAAUAUAAAUAUUUGUUUUAAUAUACAAUAUUGAUAUGUGUAUCUUUUUAUAUAAAAUAGAACUAUUUUUAUGAACUUUUA